GAACAUGACGUCAGCCGCGUACGUGCUUGAGCCUGCCCGAAAAUGUUCUCCCGUGUUGUUGAAUUUCGAAGGAGCGCAGGACUUCGCGGCGAAAUAAUACAGUUUUAUCGGUGAGGAACCUCAACGCGGAGCGCAUGUUUCGCAGCUGAAGUCCUCCGCGGUUCCAUUUCUCGGCGAAGCUCGUGAUUUCGGCCGACUCCGAGGGAAACUUUGAGCGAUCCUUUUUUUUUUUCCUCCUCCCGGAGUGAUGUCGAAUCCUGGGAGUCGGAGAAACGGGUCCAGCAUCAAAAUCCGACUGACAGUAUUAUGUGCCAAGAACCUAGUAAAGAAAGACUUCUUUCGCCUACCGGAUCCGUUCGCUAAGGUGGUGGUCGACGGAUCGGGUCAAUGCCACUCCACAGACACAGUCAAGAGCACACUGGACCCCAAGUGGAAUCAGCACUACGACCUCUACAUCGGAAAGACCGACUCCAUCACCAUCAGCAUAUGGAACCACAAGAAGAUCCAUAAACGUCAGGGGGCGGGUUUUUUGGGCUGCAUACGACUGCUAUCCAACGCCAUCAGCAGGCUAAAAGAUACAGGAUACCAGCGUCUAGAUCUAUGCAAGCUGAACCCCUCUGACAGCGAUGCAGUGAGGGGGCAGAUUGUUGUGAGCUUACAGACGCGGGACCGCAUUGGCAGCGGCGGCCCUGUGGUGGACUGCAGAGGACUGCUGGAAAACGACGGACCCGUUUUUGAGGGGUGCUUCAGUGAAGAGCCGCUGCCCUACUCCGACCCCACCGGCGCUGCAGGGGGCGGGAACUGCCGGCUGGACUCGCCGGGUCAGGAUAGCCGUCCGCAGACUCAGCGAAUCAGGGGGCAGGACUCCAGAGGUCAUGGCCACACCCCUCAGAACCGACCUCAUGGGCAUCAGCCGCCUGAUUUGCCAGAGGGAUACGAACAACGAACAACCGUGCAAGGCCAGGUGUACUUCCUGCACACACACACAGGGGUCAGCACCUGGCACGACCCUCGGAUACCACGUAGGGAUCUGGCCAGUGUGAGCUGCGAGGAACUCGGCCCACUGCCGGUGGGCUGGGAGGUCCGAAGCACUGUGUCCGGCCGCAUCUACUUUGUGGACCACAACAACCGAACCACACAGUUCACAGACCCUCGUCUACACAACCUCAUCAGCAACCAACCCCAAGUGAAGGAAACGUCCCAGGCCCCACCGAUGGACGUGGGCGUCGACGAGGGUGGAGGCGGAGGGGUGAGCGGCGGAGGAGACGGAGACGUAGCGGUGCGCUACGAGCGGGACCUGGUGCACAAGUUGAAGCUGCUCCGCCACGAGCUGUCGCUGCAGCAGCCCCAAGCAGGACACUGUCGCAUCGAGGUGUCCCGCGAGGAGAUCUUUGAGGAGUCAUAUCGACAGAUAAUGAAGAUGAGGCCGAAGGACCUUAAGAAACGGCUGAUGGUGAAGUUCAGAGGAGAGGAGGGCCUCGAUUACGGAGGAGUGGCCAGGGAGUGGCUGUACCUGCUGUGUCAUGAAAUGUUGAACCCCUACUACGGCCUCUUCCAGUACUCCACCGACAACAUCUACACACUACAGAUCAACCCCGACUCCUCCAUCAACCCGGACCACUUGUCCUAUUUUCACUUUGUGGGCCGAGUGAUGGGCCUGGCGGUCUUCCACAGUCACUACAUCAACGGCAGCUUCACGCUGCCCUUCUACAAGCAGCUGCUAGGCAAACCCAUCCAGCUCAACGACCUGGAGACCACCGACCCCGAGCUGCACAAGAGCCUCGUCUGGAUAUUAGAGAACGACAUCACCUCGGUCCUGGAUCACACGUUUUGUGUGGAGCACAACGCCUUUGGGAAGUUCUCCCAGCACGAGCUCAAACCUAACGGCAGAAACAUUCCCGUCACAGAGGAGAACAAGAAGGAAUACGUCAGGCUUUAUGUGAACUGGAGGUUCAUGCGUGGGAUCGAAGCCCAGUUCCUGGCUCUACAAAAAGGAUUCAGUGAGCUGAUCCCACAGCACCUCCUCAAACCCUUUGACCAUAAAGAGCUUGAGUUAAUAAUCGGCGGACUUGGGAAGAUAGACCUGGCGGACUGGAAGGCCAACACCCGCCUGAAGCACUGCACCGGUGAAAGCAACGUGGUGCGGUGGUUCUGGCAGGCCGUGGAGGCCUUCACCGAAGAGAGGAGAGGGCGCCUCCUGCAGUUCGUCACGGGCUCCACUCGGGUUCCCCUACAGGGGUUUAAAGCGCUGCAGGGCUCUACAGGUUCUGCAGGACCAAGGCUCUUCACCAUCCACUUGAUAGACGCCAACACAGAGAACCUACCGAAAGCUCACACGUGUUUUAACAGGAUAGACAUCCCUCCCUACGAGUCGUACGAGAAACUUUACGAGAAACUGCUGACAGCCGUGGAGGAGACCUGCGGCUUUGCCGUGGAGUGAUGAAUCCACCGGGAAGACAAGAUGCACACAGCCACACUUGCUUGCACUUGCACAUCAACAAUUUUACAUGUAUGCACACACGAACUGAACUCCGUGUGUACCCCGGGGUACACGGAACCGCCAAGCAUUACAAGAACACACCGUCUCUUGCCACCUCUGCACCGCCGAACUGCCAGCGGUCGAACGAGGAAGCACAGCAGCAGCAGGAGGAGGGGGGGGAGGGAGGGGGGUGUCGGUGGGUAUUUUAAACUUUUUCAAAUAUUUUCAAGAAGCAUUUUUAUCCUUCAGUUUUAACAAGCUAUGAUGUCACUCUUGAGAAUGCGUAACCGCGGCAAAUUUGACUGGAGUGGCGCUGGAGUCUCCGGGCGCAAUCAGCCAAUCGCAAACGAGCCUGCAAGACUUUGAAUUCAGGUGGAGAACAAGGCGGGGGAGCGAUUUUUGUCGGUAACAAGCUGAUCGAUCGACCGGUGUUCAUGCUUUCAUGUUUAACCACUGUCGCGCGUCUCUGUGUCUCCGUCUGCAUGUGAGAGAGUGGGAUUUUUUUGUACGCCUGUUCUGUUUGUGUGUGCAUGUGUGUCGCGCAUGGCACUCAGUUAUGCUGUAAAGAUGAUCAAAUGAGCCUGGUCCUCAGUUGGUAAACUUUUUUUUUUUUUUUUUUUUUGUCUCUUACGUUUGUCCCUGCGACCACUCUGAUCCUCUCUGAUGUUUUUAUUAUUUAUUACUAAAUGAUUACUGACCAAGCUGCUAUAUGCUCUGCGAUGAGCCCUCACUAAUUUCUUAAUCGCAGCUCAACCUACCGGAGCUGAAGGGUCAAUUCUCAUGCAAUUCAAGUCAUCCACAAAGUGGAUUUUAUUGAGUUUUGUUACAUUUAACAUUCAUGUUACUGUGGAGAAAUACUCCUGUGGGUGUAUGAAAAAUGUUGGUCUUUUUAAAAUACCAGGUUACAUCAUCUUGAGUGUAAAGGAAGUUAACGUUUCCUGGCCGCAAUUUGAGAUAUGACACAAAUCUGAAAUUCCUAAUAUAUCCAAGAGUAUGUCCUGGAUUUUUUUUUUUGGUUUAUUAUUGUUAUUAUUAAUGAAAAUGAGCCUAAAGAUGCAAAGAAGAAGCCACUUCAUUUGUAACAUCUCUAUUUAAAACAAAUCCCUUAACUUUUUUUCUAAUACAUGUUUUAUCGCCCAUUUUGGCAUCUUUUUAUCGUCUCUAAAACGUGAUUUUUCUCUCUCUGCAGCCCGAAUGUUAGGAAAACUAUUCGUCAUCUUAAAGACCACAAUGAAUGAAUCGCUUUUCAACCAUUAAAAGCUCCAUAGAAGAGAAUGAAAUCCAAUUUUGAGCAAGAAACAUGUGGGGGAGGGGGGAGUUCUGUUGUAGAUUGAAGACUGUUAAGCAGUAUUAUUUCAAUCUGCCUUUUCUAUGGUCUAAUUUCACUGUGUAAUGGAUGCAAAAGUAUUGUAACUUACAAUGUACUAAACAUUUAUGAAAAAUACAAUGUAAAUAAGAUUAUAUUAAAAGAAAUAAAAUUGAAAAUACAA